AUGCUGCAAUGCAUCGACAACUCGGGCGCCGCAAUGGUCGAGUGCGCCAUGGUUGUCGGCCAGAAGAAACUCGCCCGGAUCGGUGACAGAAUUGUCGUCGUCGUCCAGAAGCACCGCGGUGCUGGUGAGGGUGGCAUGGCCGGUUCCUCGGCCGCGAACAAGGUCAAGCGUGGUGACAUGCGCCACGCCGUUGUCGUCCGUACCAAGCAGAAGACCCUCCGACCCGACGGCAGCGUCAUCCGAUUCGAUGACAACGCCUGCGUUCUGAUCAACAAGGCCGGCGACCCCGUCGGAUCGCGCAUCAACGGCGUCGUCGGUGCCGAGCUGAGGAGGAAGAAGUGGAGCAAGAUCCUGUCCAUGGCGCCCAUGCACGCAUAA